AUGGACAAGAUGACAGAACUGGAAACGUGGAGACUCAUUCGAGGUCAUGCAUGCCAAUUCUGCGGAAAGAAAGCUGCUCGCCAGCAACACUCGUCGACAUCUGAACCCUGGGAUGCUGGACCUGGACCGGAUGGCGUUCGGCCUAUCUGGCCAUUCAGAGUUAGGACCUGUGGCCGUUGUCUGCAGCUCAGGCUAAUAAAGGAUGCAGAGUUGCUUGUCUCCACCUAUUCGGCACUCAGGCCCGGUCUGCCUUUCGCGAUCCUGACACAGGAGUUGAAUUACAUUCCAUCCCAGCUGAUCCAGCAGAAGUCACCCCCUCCACACCUCGAGCUGAUCAAAUACUAUUUUCGGCCUCAAUUGGAAGAACUUCAAUCCGACUUCCAUGACGUAAAGGCUCUGGGAGCUGCUACAGUCGCAGAAUGGUAUAAAGGCCUCGAGACUUUGGGACAGCAGAGCAACGCUGACGCUGCGCGUUUCGAGCAAUGGGAACUCCAAGGUGGCUUCUCCAGGAUGCCCACACAGCUUGGCCAAAAUGAAAACAGCGCAAUUGCUUCGUCCAGGCGUGUUGCGAGCCAAGGAGACCUCAUGCAGGCACCUGACAAUAUUCAGCAAGCUUCUGUGAACUCUGCCGUGGGAACACCUUCUGGCGAUGUGACUUCGGGAUUUUCUACUCCAGGCGUUCAUGAGGAUACUGGGCAUCCAUCUAUCCAAACGCCACAGUGGGCUUUGCCUCACUUCUCUGCUGCCCCGGGGCAAGAGCCUCUGGGAGCCAGCGGCCCGCUUACCCAUCCAGGGCUGCCUGGUCAAACGCUAGUCCAUCCUCCGCGCCAGAAAACCGAGCGUAGUCUGAAAGAAGCAAAAGAGACAAGAGCUGAACGCCGAAAAGAAAUUGAGAGACACUGUCUUGCCCUUGAGCCCCCCAUAAUGCCCUCGACACUGGCACAUAUGGAUGCGUUCCAGGCUGCGAUUCUGAUCUCACGGCCCCUUGAUGACAAGGCAUGGGAGGUAUUGAGGCCUCGUCUUCUAGCCCAACGCGCAGAUGCCGAGCACCGAGAGAGCAAGGUUGCUCUUAGAGACCCGAACAUGCAACUCCAAAAGCGCCAGCAGCUGGAAGAAGAGCAGCGCGUUGCCCAGGCAAAUACAAACCACAUGUGGUUCGAACUAAAGGUUCCUACCAGAGAUAAGCUACAGAAAUAUGCCCAGGAAUUCAUACAUCAGACGUGGUCCGAUGGACGUGCUGUGACGAAGGCGACGGCAUGCAAGUUCGCAGCGGAGGUCCUGUGUCAUGUGCGACAACGCUUCGAUGAGGUGGUUGCUCAAGAGGAUCGAAUGCUUGAGUUGAAAGGAACUGCUUUUCCCCAGGACACGGCGUCUCUUGCCUUCAGGAAAUUGAGACUGGAGGAUAUGAAAUGGGUUUAUGAAGAAUUUGUGAGGCGGCACACGGAGAGUUUUGGAAGGGAACUCUUCCUCUGCCACGUGUGUGACAAUCAAAAGCUGUUUGCAUUCGAAGCGGUCAUUCAGCACUUUGCUGCGAAACACACGAACGCUCUCAGCAGUGGCAACAGCAUCGUGUACUGGAAAGCUGACUGGCCUCUUGAGCCUCCUUUUGACCCUCAUCCGAAUAUCCCAUGGGCUCUCGAGGCAACGGGCAACAUGCCUCGCACACAGCUACAUCAGCAAGCACACUCGAGCUUCCCUCCGCGCGGCCCGCCGUCGUCAGUCGACGGCGGACCUAGAGGUUCAAACACGAUUCCCCGACCUUUUCCACCACCACAAUGGCCUGUUGAUCCAUCACAACACAUCAACCAGAACAGCUACUCGGGGUCGGUGAAAAUGGAUUCGCUCAAUGGCGGGCGCCUCCCUUUAGCGCUUGAUAGAGGGCCCAUCCGAGAUGGCGUUGCCGGCUCCUCCCUUGGCCGAUCUGAAGCUUCUGGCUAUGCCAACGAAGAUGGAUAUGGGCCUCGUUACCAUCCGCAGACACUUACGCGCUCGGGACGCUCUAACAUUCAAUCCUACCAAGGCUCGUAUACUGGUGGUAAAGCUGGCGACGCGGUUCGGGAUCACACAGGCAGGCCUGCCCCUCGUCGAGAGGAACAUGCUCAUCCUUUUGAGAUUGGGCGGGGUUGGGAGGCCUGGAGAGGUCAGGGUCCCAUGUCCCAUGGUUCCAUGAUCUACUCGUAUGGAGAUGGCUCUUCCAGGUUCUCAUACGCCGAGUCUCUGCAAAGAGACGGCGGUACGUCGGUCGAGGGAAUAUCUGAGACUGGAAGGGGUAGCAAAACCACCAGUCGCAUCUCUUUACACCGGGGAAUCGAUUCGGAGUCAAUUGCGCCCACCAGUGAGAUCGAGACAUCAAGAGACGACACCGAUCAGGCCGCCACCAAGGGAGCAGUAGAGAAAUUCCUUAAUAGCUUCAGUCCAAUGGUUGAUGAAGAGAGGAUGGAUAGCACAAAGAGUGUUGCAGCCACCGCGCAUGCGAUUGACUUACAGCAGUCACGCAGUGUGCCUGGAUCACAAUCUGCUGGUGCUUAUCUUCAGGAGCAUGAGACUUGGGACAGAAUGAACAGCCAUGCCGUGAACCGCCUUUCUCCCGCCUCGAGACAAAGGCCUCCAUUACCUGUGAGGGAGAUCGAGCAGCCUCCUUUAUGGUCUGACGACCCUGCAACACAACUACGCUACCGCCCUUUGAUGCCACCAGACCGGGACCAUGAAGCUGUUCGGGAAGCGGCUCACGGCGGCAGAUACGGGGAAGAAAUCUCUGAACGAACGCAACAAAUCCACUACGAUAGUCAAAAUGAAGGCAUGCGGAAUAUGGCCCCAACCUACGCCUUGCCUUCGUAUGAGCAUCAAUAUUUCUACGGCCGUGACGGAAGACGAUAUGUAGAAAUAACAGAGCCGAGCAUGGAGAGGUAUCCACUUCGAGUCGAAAAUUUUCCGGAUCGAUAUCACGAACCCUCCGAGAUUGGUGGCUCGCAUUACUUGGAGAACAGGCGAUACUUUUUAGAACGGCACGUCGAUCACGACAACCAUGUUCGUGCGGCGCCCGGAGAAUAUCGACUCGGCGAUGACGGUUACUACUCCGCCCACCGUAGAGGACCGUCCAUGGAGUAUGAUGGUCGAUACACUCACGAGGAAGUUACACUUGAACCACGCACGCGACCCAGCCGAAUCAGCAAUCGGGAGAUCACUUAUGAGCCACUCGAGCAACCGAUACGGUACACUCCGCCAUCCUUUGGCGCAGGUCGUCCUGGAGGCUAA